CACACCCAAAGAGCUACUAGGAAUCGUUUGGUGGUGCCACCGUCCGGCAAAAGGACCGUCGUGAGGCUGCCCAAUCAUCGUACCGCGAGCGUAGCACGCCGUUUCGCGGUACCGGGUUGCUGCGGCACGCGUUACCGCUCUGGCUGCCCGGCGACGUAAGGGUAGGCCGCCGCACUGUGGUACUGGGGGCUGCACUGCUACGCCGUCGCCGCAGCUAAGCCAUCGUUGACAGCCACCGUCCUGUGGCAAAAGCGCACGGCAAGGACCAUCGCACGUCAGGCUGCCAACCUAGGUUGCCGUACCGCGGUACCGGAUUGCCGCGGCGAAACGCGGUGCUCUAGGUCAGCCCUACACCACAACACAAAAACAACAAGCAAAAAAGGAUGGCCGCCAUCAUCCGAGGAAGAAGAGACGCCCUCGCGAAACUCGAACUCGAGUUCACCGUGGGUCGAGAUACACCCUUCGCGCCGCACCCUGAUAUUGAAAGUAGAUGGGCCGAUUUGAUGGCCCACAUGUGGCUCUCGGAAGAGGAACGGUUGUCGUAUAUUCGCGAGCUGCGCGAGCGCAAGGCGGCGCGUAAGUUGGAGCAUAAAGCUAAAAGAGGCGAUAGCGCGGCGUCGGCUCAGGUCGAGGCAAAAAAGGAGAAGGAACGGGCCGCGCUGGAGGCGGCGCAGGCGAAGGCCCAGGCUUCUAUUGACGAGUCCCUGCGGAAUUUACGAAGAAGGUUGUACGCUUACGACGUGAAGGGCGAGGGGUAUGUGGAAUGUGCGCCGGCUCGCAACGCAUGUAGGGGAGAGGGCCUGAGUAUUGCUAUAGACGGCGACGCGCGCGACCGCUGUCUUAUUAAAGACGUCAUCAAGACGGCUGAAAGAGCGGCCAGACGACGGGAGCAGCCGCGCGACGUCGAGUGUGUCAAAAGUACGACGGAGCCGCUGCCGUCGGUCGCGGACCUGCGGAAGGCCUUCUACGACGCGGACGUCGACGGCCACGGCUGUUUACCGGCGGAUCGAGUGCAAAGGAGGUGGCGGGACCUCUGCGGGAGCGCGGCGGACCCCGCGGUCAUCGCGAAGGCCUCCAACGCGCGCGGCCAGAUCACUCUGAUAACUCUAGAGGACGCCAUCGCAUCAACAGGGCGCCGGCCCAAGGCGUCGGCGGCGUCGCGCUCCGUCACGUCGGCUCUGGUAAACUCGGCGCGCCGGCCUACUUCCAAACCGGACUCGUCCGAGGCGUCCUCCUCGGCGCCGGAACAGGCGCCUGAGGCUCCGCCGCCGUUACCACGGCGCCGCGAGAUCAUCGUCGUGCGGGAUGAAGAAAGGGACGCCGAGGCGGCGCGAUUGCGCUUGCUGGGCGACGACGCGCCGGCCGAGCCGCCGGCGAUGCCGGACGCCCCUGCUUUUUGCACCUUGCGCGGCGCCGAGCGCGACUGCCGCUUCUUCACGACGGGCGUCAUCUCUAACACGUCUUCUGGCUUCGUCGACCUCACGUCUGAGAGGAGGGAUGACGAGGACGCUUUUUUCGACCUGCGCCUGGGCGUCGCGUUUGGAGAUAACGAGCCUGCAGACCCUUCACUAACUUGCACGCUCCGCUACCGCGGCGCGGCCCGCGAUUUGUGUGUGCCGGUCCUCGGCGGCGACGGCGGACCGUGCAGAGCGCCGGUGAUCCGCAUCGCGCGGGCCGCGGCGCCCCUGAAGAUCGCCGUUUUUGGGAGAGACGGAGCGCCGCUCGCGACGGCGGCGCUCGAUUUGAACGCACUGACGGGCGAGAAGCUCCAGCGCGUGGUCCUGCGCGCGGCGCCUGCUUUUAGUGGGGCGCGCGCGCUCGGGGUCGUUUUUGAGGCGGAGGCGAUUCAUAAUACACAGUGAUUCACUUACUAU